CUGGGGCUUCUCCUGCUUGGCCUGGGCUGCUGGCCUCCUAGUUAACCAGAGUGGGGCAGUGCCUUUUGGAACUUAGUCUUAAAAAUGAAUCCAGUUGUUUCGCAGCCAGGAUAUGGUACAGGAGGGAGUAUGAUGAAUAGCGACUGGCAAACUGGCAUGUUUGACUGCUUUGAUGACCUGGGGAUUUGCCUCUGUGGGGCUUUCUGUCCCCUGUGCCUUUCGUGUCAGAUCGCCUCUGACAUGAACGAAUGCUGCCUGUGCGGAGCGAGCGUCGCCAUGAGGACCUUGUACCGGACGCGCUUCGGCAUCCCGGGAUCUAUUUUCAGUGAUUUCCUAUGGCUGGGAUGUUUCCCUCUAUGCACCCUUUGUCAACUCAAGCGAGAUAUUGAAAAAAGAAAAGCAAUGAAUGCUUUCUAAAAGGCACUUGGUCACAUUCACAAUGUGGUGAAAGAAAUGCUAGAAUGAUAUACUACAUCUGUUGAGUGCUAUCUCACCCCAAAUCUUAGAAACUAAUUCAACUAAUCCUGUGGUUUCCAAUGGCUUCAAGACAUUUUUAAUUUCUAGUUUAUUUCAGAAGAAAUAUAUUUCCAGUGCUGUUCUGGAUGACUGCUAUUAAAAAAUUAAUGUCCUUGGGACACCUGCAUGACUCAGUUGGUUAAGCAUCUGCCUUCAGCUCAGGUCAUGAUCCCGGGUCCUGGAAUCAAGCCCCACAUCAGGCUCCUUGCUCAGGGGGAAGCCUGCUUCUCCCUCUCCCUCUGCCUGCUGCUCCCCCUGCUUGUGCUCUCUCUCUCUCUAAUAAAUAAAAUAUUUUUU